UUACUUAAUGUUUUAUCUUUAAUAAUUAAACAAAAUUAAGUGUUAAAACAUUUUAAAGACAUCUAUAAUUGUUCUAUUAGUUAUGUGAUAAAGAAAGCAAUUACUCUAAUUAAAUUUGGAAUAGUACACUGUUUUAAAUGUUAAAAAUAAGUCCUUAUGGCAUUUUAAUUUAUCUCUCUGAAGCCCCAGGUAGUUUAUUGUGAACUCUCUUGGCCCCUCUUGACUUCAUUUUGAAGGCAGAAAAUAAUGUGGUAUUUGAAAAAAUAUAGAGAAAUAUAGCUAAGAGUUUCUAAAAAUUUGUAAUUUUGCUCACACAUGAAGUAAUUUUGUUAGAAUCAUUUUAAUAUACAGAUAAAUAACCUACUGCUGUAGGAUUUUGAUAUACAUGACUCAAAUGUUAAUAAAGAUUACUCUGUGAGACUUUCUUGCCUCUUUUACACCUAUCAAAUUUUGAGACAAGGGAAAAAAUCUUAGUGAUCUCUGGUACUUAAGGAUAGAUUAAGUUGUCUUACAUGGCAGCUUUCUAAAAGUUUCUAAAACUUAAUGAUGCAACCUCAUCUUUUGUGUGGUAUAGCCCAAUUUAUUAAACAUUCCUAACUAAAAAUGAGGAAAUGUUUUAUAAAAUUGACAGACUUUUUGGUUGAUUUACUUAGAAUCUUAUGUUUGAAAGCAAAGUAUACAUGUAGUUGUAAGAAAUACGUUGAGUUACAGAACCUGACUUUAGGUUCCAUACGAUCUGGUGAUCUUAAAUAUAGGAUAAGUCAUUUGAAAUGAAAUAGGUUGAGCCCUUGCUUUCAAAACUAGCAUGAGGCUAGUGUGACUUUAUUAAUCAUUAAUGAAAAAAAUUAGUCAUACAAUUACAAGUAAAAGAUAUUCUGAAAGAACCAAUUUACUAAAUGUUUGUAUGUGAUUGAUCUUAUCUCCACUAUAUUUAGGAAGCAGUCAUGUUUCAUGAGUCCUCAAAACUGUGAGACAAGAGAAUGUAGUAGAAUAAGGCCAGACGUCCUUACUGGCUCAAAGAACUCCAGGGAAACUGGGAUAGAACAUUUUACAUUAUAAGUAGAACCCCGGGAGCCAGAGGUGAAACACACGUUUAUCUGCAGAACUACGCUGCAGAGCUGAGCUGGGUCUGGAAGAAAUGGAUGAGAGCCACUGGAUGAAAUUCACAAAUACUAGACACCUGAGUCCUCUAAGAUUUGUGAAUGAACUUUGCUAAGUAUGGAUUCAGGUGGUGGAAGUCUUGGAUUGCACACAUCAGACUCUAGAAUGGCACAUACCAUGAUUAUGCAGGAUUUUGUGGCUGGAAUGGCUGGUACUGCGCAUAUCGAUGGAGACCAUAUUGUUGUUUCAGUUCCUGAGGCUGUAUUAGUUUCUGAUGUUGUCACAGACGAUGGGAUAACUCUUGAUCAUGGCCUCGCAGCUGAAGUUGUCCAUGGGCCUGAUAUCAUCACCGAGACUGAUGUAGUAACAGAAGGUGUAAUUGUUCCUGAAGCCGUACUUGAGGCUGAUGUUGCUAUUGAAGAAGAUUUAGAGGAAGAUGACGGUGAUCACAUCUUGACGUCUGAGCUAAUUACAGAAACUGUUAGAGUACCUGAGCAGGUUUUUGUGGCUGACCUUGUUACUGGUCCUGAUGGACACUUAGAACAUGUGGUCCAAGAUUGUGUCUCAGGAGUUGACUCUCCCACAAUGGUAUCAGAGGAGGUUCUUGUAACUAAUUCAGAUACAGAAACUGUGAUUCAAGCAGCUGGAGGUGUUCCUGGUUCUACAGUUACUAUUAAAACUGAAGAUGAUGAUGAUGAUGAUGAUGAUGAUGAUGAUGAUGAUGUCAAGAGCACUUCUGAAGACUACUUAAUGAUAUCUUUGGAUGAUGUUGGGGAAAAAUUAGAGCAUAUGGGGAACACACCAUUAAAAAUCAGCAGUGAUGGUUCACAAGAAGAUGUUAAAGAAGAUGGAUUUGGUUCAGAAGUAAUAAAAGUGUAUAUAUUUAAAGCUGAGGCUGAAGAUGACGUUGAAAUAGGUGGAACGGAAAUUGUCACAGAGAGUGAGUACACCAAUGGGCAUUCUGUAGCUGGAGUGCUUGACCAGAGCCGAAUGCAGCGGGAGAAGAUGGUUUACAUGGCAGUUAAAGAUUCUUCUCAAGAAGAAGAUGAUAUCAGUUGCGCUGAAAUAGCAGAUGAAGUUUACAUGGAAGUCAUUGUAGGGGAAGAGGAAGGAACUUCUCUCCCUGAGACUCAGCUUGAGGACUCUGAUGUUAAUAAAACAAUUGUCCCUGUUGUCUGGGCUGCGACAUAUGGAGAUGAAAGAAGAGUUUCUCGAAGGUAUGAAGAUUGUCAGUCAUCAGGAAAUACUUUGGACUCAACAUUAGAAAACAGAAGUAGUACAGCAGCACAAUACCUUCAAAUUUGUGAUAGCAUUAAUACAAAUAAAGUACUUAAACAAAAAGCUAAGAAGAGGAGAAGGGGAGAAAUGAGGCAGUGGCAAACAGCUGUUAUAAUAGGUCCUGAUGGACAGCCCCUGACAGUAUACCCUUGCCAUAUUUGCACGAAAAAGUUUAAAUCCAGGGGAUUCUUGAAAAGACACAUGAAGAAUCAUCCUGAUCAUUUGAUGAGAAAAAAAUAUCAGUGUACAGAUUGUGACUUUACAACUAACAAGAAAGUGAGUUUCCAUAACCACUUAGAAAGCCAUAAGCUUAUAAACAAAGUUGACAAAACCCAUGAAUUUACAGAAUACACACGAAGAUACAGAGAGGCUAGUCCAUUGAGUUCAAAUAAACUUAUAUUAAGAGACAAGGAGCCGAAGAUGCACAAGUGCAAAUACUGCGACUAUGAAACUGCAGAACAAGGACUGUUAAACCGACAUUUACUGGCUGUUCACAGCAAGAAUUUUCCUCAUGUUUGUGUUGAGUGUGGGAAGGGCUUUCGACAUCCUUCUGAACUCAAGAAGCAUAUGAGAACCCAUACUGGUGAGAAGCCAUAUCAAUGUCAGUAUUGUGUCUUCAGGUGUGCAGAUCAAUCAAAUUUGAAAACUCACAUUAAGUCUAAGCAUGGUAACAAUUUGCCAUAUAAAUGUGAGCAUUGUCCCCAAGCAUUUGGUGAUGAGAGGGAACUUCAACGCCAUCUGGAUUUGUUUCAAGGACAUAAGACACACCAGUGUCCUCAUUGUGACCAUAAGAGCACCAACUCAAGUGACCUUAAGCGGCACAUCAUAUCUGUCCACACUAAGGAUUUUCCUCACAAAUGUGAGGUCUGUGAUAAAGGUUUCCAUCGUCCUUCUGAGCUCAAAAAGCAUAGUGAUAUCCAUAAGGGUAGGAAGAUUCAUCAGUGUAGGCACUGUGACUUUAAAACAUCAGAUCCAUUUAUUCUUAGUGGUCAUAUCCUUUCAGUUCAUACUAAGGAUCAGUCACUGAAGUGUAAAAGGUGCAAAAGAGGGUUCAGACAACAAAAUGAGCUCAAAAAGCAUAUGAAGACUCACACUGGAAGGAAGAUUUACCAAUGUGAGUAUUGUGAAUACAGCACUACAGAUGCAUCUGGCUUUAAACGACAUGUGAUAUCAAUACAUACAAAAGACUAUCCACACAGGUGUGAAUUCUGCAAGAAGGGAUUCCGAAGACCAUCAGAAAAAAAUCAGCAUAUUAUGAGGCACCACAAGGAGGCUCUUAUGUAAUAAGAUCAAUAUAAAGAAAGAAGCUAUUUAGAAAAUAUGACAUGCUACAUGGAAAGAUAAUUUCAUGAACUGUUUCACCUGGUUACAAAGCUUGAUAUUAAAUCAUAAAUUUACAUUCUUUUUACUAAAGAUCUUAAGAUAUUUGAAUUGAGAGGGGAUCUCAUAGCCCUUUGAAAUUAAAGAAUUUAAGGAGCACCAUAGAAUGGUUGCAGAAAACCUUAUUGUCUAUUUAAUAGUAUUAUAAGCAUAAUUCAGCUACAGGGGGCAAGAGCAAAGACAACCACUUUAUUUGACUGAUCAUACUAGAGACAGAUGUUUCUGAAAAGAUCAUAUCUAAUUGAGGAGUUUAGCAAUGCUUUGCUAUCGCAAGCGUCACUUUUAUGCCGUUUUAGAAAUGGAGUGGGGAAAUAAAAUGCAGUCAUCCAUUAGUCACUUAGUCAUUGAGCCUUUAUAUGGUACCUGGAAAUUGAAUUCCAGAAAUGGCAAAAGUUUUGUGUAUUCAUCAAAAGAAAUUUCACUGGAAAACAGGUUAGAUUAAUUCAAUACUAUUUAAAAGAAUUUCAGAGCUGCUAAGAUUUUAACACAGGAUAGGAUGUUUGAAAUAUAGCAUUCUGUACUGAAGUCUAAAGAUUAAAGUUCCCCUUUUUCUGAUGUUCAAGUUGAUUGUUGUUCAGUGUGGCAUAUAUGACAGAAGUAUAUUUGAGUCAAAUGUGGCUUUCUAAAAUGGAUGCAACAGUAAUGUUGCAAAGUUAGCACUAUAUUUCUUAAUGAUCUAAAGAUUACAUUGAGAGAACACAGUUUUCUUAAAUAUUAUGUUUAGAGGUUUUUUUAAGACAGUCAUAGCAAGUAUGAUUGUUCUAGUCUUACUUGCUCUAAUGUUUAAAGGUGCAAUUUUAUGCCAUUAUUGAAAAUUUUGAUUUUUAAAAUCUAUAUACCAUAUUAUUAACAUGAAUUUUCAAUAUGAGGCAGUAUUUAUGCGGUAUUUAACAAAACACUAUGCUGCCAAUAGAACUUGGAGGUGGAUAUUCAGUUUACAGUGUAUAAAUUUAAAAUAUGCAUCCCUUUAACAAUGCUUCAUGUUAGCAUGCUGCAAAUCAACAUGGCGCUUAAAAUAAAAAGCAGGUUUAGGGAAAUUUAAUGAAAAUCCUGUUCAUAAAUGUAAUGCAUAUGAUGUGUAUUUUUAAGUUUUAGUUGCUUCAUGUUUACACUCAUCUGUUAAACAUAACUAAAAUGUAAUUUUACUUCAUGCUAUAUUGUGGCUUUGUGUUUUAAAUAAUGUUCACCUUUCUGUUUUUGCACCAGAUAGGAAUCAGUUCCUUGAGAAUAAAUUUUUUAUCUUUCUUAACUUCAGAAUAUUAAAUUUGGAAAUCUAAAAUUGUGUGUCAUGUGAUUGUAAAUGAUGUACACGCUGUAAAAUAAGAUUGUCACUGUUAUGUGGGAUUAUUAUUUCUAAAUGUUACUCAUUGAAAUGAGCAUACAAUAAAAAGCAUUUAUUGCA